AUGCUCUUUCUCUUUUUGAACAUAUCAACUGGUGCAUCGCACACCGUCGCCUACAGCAUCUUCCACGAUGGUGGAAUGGCUAGCCCAGCUGUGUCUGAGCUGUGCAGAACUGGAAAUCUACGGAGCCUGGAGCAGGAGUUUCGCAACGCAGGCGACAAGUUGUUGACGGUUAUUCGGACUAGAGGCAUCAGUUCUGCCGCACCACCGGAAAGAAGGUAA